AUGCCGGUCACGUGGUUUACGUAAACUGCACGUCGCGUCCAUCUUUGUGCGCGUACAAGAAACGUGGUCGAAAUGAAACUUUAAUAAUCGAAUGAAGUUUUGAAGGACACUUCAUUUGGAAUCCAAGAAGCUAACCUACAAGGAUGGCCUUCCCCUAUACAGUUAUAGGGCCUGGAGGCCAGCCCUUCUUGAUCAGUCAGCCAGUUUUACAGCAGAUAGUAGUACCUAUGGCUCCCCCGCAACAGCAGCCACCAAUGCCACAUCCUCCACAACCCCCUCCCCCUCAGCAACCUAAAGUGCCGGACUACAUGUCAGAGGAGAAGUUGCAAGAGAAGGCUCGUAAAUGGCAACAGCUUCAAUCCAAGAGAUAUGCAGAGAAAAGAAAGUUUGGCUUCAUUGAUGCCCAGAAGGAAGACAUGCCCUCAGAACAUGUGCGGAAGAUUAUCCGAGAUCAUGGUGACAUGACCAACAGAAAGUUCAGACACGACAAGAGAGUGUAUUUAGGUGCCCUGAAGUACAUGCCGCAUGCAGUGAUGAAACUGAUGGAGAACAUGCCCAUGCCGUGGGAACAGAUCCGUGACGUCAGCGUCCUCUACCACAUCACCGGAGCCAUCACAUUCGUCAACGAGAUACCCUGGGUCAUUGAACCAGUAUACAUUGCACAGUGGGGAACAAUGUGGAUCAUGAUGAGGAGAGAGAAACGUGAUCGGCGUCACUUCAAACGUAUGAGGUUCCCACCUUUUGAUGAUGAGGAGCCACCUCUAGACUAUGCUGACAACGUCCUGGAUGUGGAACCUCUGGAAGCAAUUCAGAUGGAUCUUGACCCAGAUGAAGACAAGGAUGUUGGUGACUGGCUGUACGAACACAAACCACUCAUUGACUCAAAACAUGUGAAUGGCACAACGUACAGGAAGUGGAACCUGACUCUCCCCCAGCUGUCGGUGCUGUAUCGACUGGCCAAUCAGCUGCUCACCGAUCUGGUCGACAGGAACUACUUCUAUCUGUUUGACCUCAAGUCCUUCUUCACAGCCAAAGCUCUCAACUUGGCCAUUCCUGGUGGACCCAAGUUUGAACCUCUGGUCAAAGAUAAGGACAUGCAUGAUGAGGACUGGAAUGAAUUCAAUGACAUCAACAAGAUCAUCAUCCGGCAACCAGUGAGAACAGAGUACAGAAUUGCCUUCCCAUACCUGUUCAACAACAUCCCCUUCCAGGUCCAUCUCUCAUGGUACCAUACCCCAAAUGUUGUCUUCAUCAAGACGGAGGACCCCGACUUGCCGGCGUUCUACUUUGAUCCUCUCAUUAACCCCAUCUCACACAGGAACACAGUCAAGGGUACAGAGCCUCUGCCUGACGAUGAUGAAGAGUUUGAGCUGCCCGAGUUUGUGCAGCCAUUCCUUGCUGAAACCCCCCUGUACACUGACAACACAGCAAAUGGCAUUGCUCUGCUGUGGGCACCACGACCUUUCAACCUCCGGUCAGGAAGGAGCAGACGAGCAAUGGAUGUACCGAUUGUCAAAAACUGGUACAGAGAGCACUGUCCAGCCGGCAUGCCAGUGAAGGUGAGAGUGUCCUACCAGAAGCUGCUCAAGUACUACGUUCUCAAUGCCCUCAAACACAAGCCACCCAAGGCUCAGAAGAAAAGGUACCUGUUCAGAUCCUUCAAGGCUACCAAGUUUUUCCAGACCACACAGCUGGACUGGGUUGAAGUUGGCUUGCAGGUUUGUCGUCAAGGUUACAACAUGCUCAACCUCCUCAUCCAUCGUAAAAACCUCAACUAUCUGCAUCUGGACUACAACUUCAAUCUGAAGCCUGUCAAGACCCUCACCACCAAGGAAAGAAAGAAGUCCCGUUUUGGAAAUGCUUUCCACUUGUGUCGUGAGAUCCUGCGUCUGACCAAGCUUGUGGUGGACAGCCAUGUGCAGUACAGACUGGGCAAUGUGGAUGCCUUCCAGCUGUCUGAUGGUAUCCAGUACGUGUUCGCCCACGUGGGUCAGCUGACCGGCAUGUACCGUUACAAGUACAAGCUGAUGAGACAGAUCCGGAUGUGUAAAGAUCUCAAACAUCUCAUCUACUACCGGUUCAACACAGGCCCAGUAGGCAAGGGUCCAGGCUGUGGAAUAUGGGCGCCUGGUUGGAGGGUGUGGCUGUUCUUCAUGCGUGGAAUCACACCCCUUCUGGAGCGUUGGCUUGGCAACUUGCUGUCCAGACAGUUCGAGGGGCGACACUCGAAGGGGGUGGCCAAGACUGUCACAAAACAGAGAGUGGAGAGUCACUUUGAUCUGGAGUUGAGAGCUGCUGUAAUGCACGACAUCCUUGACAUGAUGCCAGAAGGGAUCAAGCAGAACAAGGCCAGGACCAUCCUGCAGCAUCUUAGUGAAGCCUGGAGGUGCUGGAAGGCCAACAUUCCAUGGAAGGUUCCUGGAUUGCCGACCCCAAUAGAAAACAUGAUCCUGAGGUUUGUGAAGGCGAAGGCUGAUUGGUGGACUAACACAGCUCACUACAACAGGGAGAGAAUCAGGAGGGGAGCCACUGUUGACAAAACAGUCUGCAAGAAGAACCUUGGUCGAUUGACCCGACUUUACCUGAAGGCUGAACAGGAGCGACAGCACAACUACCUGAAGGAUGGUCCAUACAUCACUGCUGAGGAGGCAGUGGCUAUCUACACCACUAUGGUCCACUGGCUGGAGUCUCGCCGCUUCUCCCCCAUCCCGUUCCCUCCACUGUCAUACAAACACGACACCAAGCUUCUCAUCCUGGCUCUGGAGAGACUCAAGGAGGCAUACAGUGUAAAGAGUCGACUGAAUCAGUCCCAGAGAGAGGAGCUGGGUUUGAUUGAGCAGGCCUAUGACAACCCUCACGAGGCUUUGUCCAGAAUCAAGCGUCACCUCCUCACACAGAGAGCCUUUAAAGAAGUUGGCAUUGAGUUCAUGGACCUGUACAGCCACCUGAUCCCAGUGUAUGACGUGGAGCCUCUCGAGAAAAUCACCGACGCCUACCUGGAUCAGUAUCUGUGGUACGAGGCUGACAAGAGACGACUCUUCCCUACGUGGAGUAAGCCCUCAGACUCAGAGCCUCCUCCACUCCUGGUGUACAAGUGGUGCCAGGGUAUCAAUAACCUCCAGGAUGUGUGGGACACGAGUGAGGGGGAGUGUAACGUCAUGCUGGAGUCCCACUUUGAGAAGAUGUACGAGAAGAUUGACUUGACGCUACUUAACAGGCUGCUCCGUCUCAUCGUGGAUCACAACAUAGCUGAUUACAUGACAGCCAAGAACAAUGUCGUCAUUAACUAUAAGGACAUGAACCACACCAACUCGUACGGCAUCAUCAGAGGUCUGCAGUUUGCAUCAUUCAUCGUACAGUUCUAUGGGCUGAUCCUGGACCUGCUCGUCCUCGGCCUACACAGAGCCAGUGAGAUGUCCGGCCCGCCACAGAUGCCCAAUGACUUCCUCACAUUCCAGGAUGUGGCAACAGAGACAGCACAUCCUAUACGGCUGUUCUCCCGAUACAUUGAUCGUAUUCACAUUUACUUCAGAUUUACUGCUGAGGAAGCUCGUGACUUGAUCCAGCGCUACUUGACUGAACACCCGGAUCCCAACAAUGAGAACAUAGUGGGUUACAACAACAAGAAGUGUUGGCCGCGAGACUCCAGGAUGAGGCUCAUGAAGCACGAUGUUAAUCUGGGUCGUGCUGUAUUCUGGGACAUCAAGAACCGUCUGCCGAGGUCAGUAACGACGAUACAGUGGGAGAACAGCUUCGUGUCUGUGUACAGCAAGGACAAUCCCAACCUCCUGUUCAACAUGUGUGGCUUUGAGUGCCGUAUCCUUCCCAAGUGCCGAACCACUCACGAGGAGUUCACACACAAGGACGGCGUGUGGAAUCUGCAGAAUGAGGUGACUAAGGAGCGAACAGCUCAGUGUUUUCUGCGCGUUGAUGAGGAAUCCAUGCAGAGGUUCCACAACCGAGUUCGACAGAUCCUCAUGGCAUCAGGAUCCACUACAUUCACAAAGAUCGUCAACAAAUGGAACACAGCUCUUAUUGGUCUGAUGACAUAUUUCCGUGAAGCUGUUGUGAACACACAGGAACUCCUAGAUCUGCUAGUCAAAUGUGAAAACAAAAUCCAGACACGUAUUAAGAUUGGUCUCAACUCCAAAAUGCCUAGUCGUUUCCCUCCAGUCGUGUUCUACACGCCCAAGGAACUGGGGGGCCUGGGUAUGUUGUCCAUGGGUCACGUGUUGAUCCCCCAGUCAGAUCUGAGAUGGUCCAAGCAGACUGAUGUAGGCAUCACUCACUUCCGCUCAGGUAUGAGUCACGAUGAGGAUCAGCUCAUUCCAAACUUGUACAGAUACAUCAUGCCCUGGGAGAGUGAGUUCAUUGAUUCCCAGCGAGUGUGGGCAGAGUACGCUCUCAAGAGACAGGAGGCAAAUGCUCAGAACAGACGUCUGACACUAGAAGAUCUGGAGGACUCCUGGGACCGGGGCAUCCCUCGUAUAAACACGCUGUUCCAGAAAGAUCGUCACACCCUCGCGUACGACAAGGGCUGGCGAGUAAGGACAGACUUCAAGCAGUACCAGGUCCUGAAACAGAACCCCUUCUGGUGGACCCAUCAGCGUCACGACGGCAAGCUGUGGAACCUGAACAACUACCGCACAGACAUGAUCCAGGCCCUAGGAGGUGUGGAGGGCAUUCUGGAACACACACUCUUCAAAGGGACUUACUUCCCCACGUGGGAAGGUCUCUUCUGGGAGAAGGCUAGUGGUUUUGAGGAGUCCAUGAAGUACAAGAAGCUGACCAACGCCCAGAGAUCAGGUCUGAAUCAAAUCCCCAACCGUAGAUUCACGCUGUGGUGGUCACCAACAAUCAACAGAGCUAAUGUGUAUGUAGGUUUCCAGGUGCAGCUGGAUCUGACAGGAAUCUUUAUGCACGGCAAGAUCCCAACUCUGAAGAUCUCCCUCAUCCAGAUCUUCCGAGCUCACUUGUGGCAGAAAAUACACGAGAGUGUUGUCAUGGAUCUUUGUCAGGUGUUUGAUCAAGAGUUGGAUGCCCUGGAGAUUGAGACAGUCCAGAAGGAGACCAUCCAUCCCAGGAAGUCCUACAAGAUGAACAGCUCCUGUGCUGACAUCCUGCUGUUUGCUGCGUACAAGUGGAACGUCUCCAAACCAUCUCUACUGGCAGACUCAAAGGAUGUGAUGGAUGGAGCCACUACCCAGAAGUAUUGGAUUGAUGUGCAGCUGAGAUGGGGAGAUUACGACUCUCACGACAUUGAGAGAUAUGCUCGAGCCAAGUUCCUGGACUACACCACAGACAACAUGAGUAUCUACCCCUCACCCACUGGGCUCCUCAUAGCUGUCGACCUGGCCUACAACCUACACAGUGCCUAUGGUAACUGGUUCCCUGGGUGCAAGCCACUGAUUCAGCAAGCCCUGGCUAAGAUCAUGAAGGCCAACCCAGCCCUGUAUGUGUUGAGGGAGAGGAUCAGGAAGGGUCUCCAGCUGUACUCCUCAGAGCCCACUGAGCCGUACCUCAGCUCCCAGAACUAUGGAGAACUCUUCUCCAACCAGAUCAUCUGGUUCGUGGACGACACCAACGUGUACAGAGUCACCAUCCACAAGACAUUUGAGGGUAACUUGACCACAAAGCCCAUCAAUGGCGCUAUCUUCAUCUUCAACCCCAGAACUGGUCAGCUCUUCCUCAAGAUCAUCCACACCUCUGUGUGGGCUGGACAGAAGCGUCUUGGUCAGCUGGCUAAAUGGAAGACUGCUGAGGAAGUAGCUGCUCUGAUUCGAUCUCUUCCCGUGGAGGAGCAGCCCAAACAGAUCAUUGUCACAAGAAAAGGCAUGUUGGAUCCACUCGAGGUCCAUUUGCUGGAUUUCCCCAAUAUUGUCAUCAAGGGCAGUGAACUCCAGUUGCCUUUCCAGGCUUGUUUGAAGGUGGAGAAGUUCGGAGAUCUGAUUCUGAAGGCUACAGAACCCCAGAUGGUACUAUUCAACCUGUAUGAUGACUGGCUGAAGACCAUCUCCUCAUACACGGCGUUCUCUCGUCUGAUCUUGAUCUUGAGGGCUCUGCAUGUGAACAAUGACAAGACAAAGAUAGUGCUUAAGCCAGACAAAACCACCAUCACUGAAAUCCAUCAUAUCUGGCCCACGCUCACUGACGAGGAGUGGAUGAAGAUUGAAGUCCAGCUGAAGGAUCUCAUCCUGGCGGACUAUGGCAAGAAGAACAAUGUGAAUGUAGCCUCUUUGACUCAGUCUGAGAUCCGAGAUAUCAUUCUGGGUAUGGAGAUCUCUGCGCCGUCCGCACAAAGACAGCAGAUUGCCGAGAUCGAGAAACAGACCAAGGAGCAGUCCCAGCUGACAGCUACCACAACUCGGACAGUCAACAAACAUGGUGACGAGAUCAUCACCUCCACCACCAGCAACUACGAAUCAGCCACUUUCUCCUCCAAGACUGAGUGGCGAGUCCGAGCCAUCUCAGCAACCAAUCUUCAUCUGCGUACCAAUCACAUCUAUGUGUCAUCGGACGACAUCAAAGAGACUGGCUACACUUACAUUCUGCCCAAAAAUAUCCUCAAGAAAUUUAUAAUCAUCUCGGAUCUGAGAGCACAGAUUGCGGGUUACCUGUAUGGAGUUAGCCCCCCUGACAACCCCCAGGUGAAGGAGAUCCGGUGUAUCGUGAUGCCGCCCCAGUGGGGGACCCAUCAGACCGUCCACCUGCCCAACAUACAACCAGAGCAUGAAUAUCUCAAGGAAAUGGAACCGCUGGGUUGGAUUCACACUCAGCCGAAUGAGUUGCCACAGUUGUCUCCCCAGGAUAUCACUACACAUGCCAAGGUGAUGGCGGACAAUUCCAGCUGGGAUGGAGAAAAGACUGUUAUCAUCACAUGCAGUUUCACCCCCGGCUCCUGUUCACUGACAGCCUACAAGCUGACUCCCAGUGGUUAUGAGUGGGGUCGCCAGAACAAGGACACCGGCAACAACCCCAAGGGUUACCUCCCCUCUCACUAUGAGCGAGUACAGAUGUUGUUGUCUGACAGAUUCCUCGGUUUCUUCAUGGUGCCUGGGCAGAGUUCAUGGAACUACAACUUCAUGGGUGUUCGACAUGACCCCAACAUGAAGUAUGACCUUCACCUUGCCAACCCGAAGGAAUUCUACCAUGAGGUUCAUCGACCGUCCCACUUCCUCAACUUCAGUACCAUGGAAGAUCAGGAGGUGAUCGGUGCAGACAGAGAGGACAUGUUCCAGUGAGAGUGUCACAACUCUCUCCAUGCUUGAAGCACAACUUGAUAGUGUUCAGAAUUUUUGAAUGUCACUCCUUUGCAAAAGUUAAGAGCAUCAACAUAUUUUCAUAAUAUAUUUAUAUAUUAUAUCAGUUUGUGAAUAAGCCAAAUAAGAACUGGUGUCUCUGCAUUGUUUCUGGUGAGAUUUUGGGAACUGCCAAGGUUGCUUAGAAAAAAUUUAUUCAUUAUCAAAUUUAUUUUAUUGUUGGUGAAAAUAAAUCUUGUUGGAAACUGAUAGAUUUAAAAAAAAUAUAUAGACAGAACAAACUUGAAAUAGUGUUUCAUAUCUGUAUGAAGUGCCCGAGUCAUUCAGUGCUAUUUUGUUUUUAUGUUUCCACAUAAAUUAAGACAAAAAUAACAUCUCAUUCUCUUCUGGCAAACUGCCCAGCCUUCUAGAGAUUCUUAUCACAUCCUGCUGGCUGGUGCAUAUUGUAGAUGGAGAUAUUUUGUUACCUUGUAAAUGAAGAUUUAUUUAUUUAGAUGUGAAAGAAAUAUGGAAAAAAUCUAUUGCAGAUGAGAAAUCAUGUCCUUGAUUUCUGAAGAUGAACAUUGUGAAUGUUUUGCAAGUGCUGGAGUUUUUCUAAUUGUCUAAAACACGACCAAAUUGUUGUAAAUAUGUAUAGGUUUGUAACUCAUCAUGCAGCACACGAUACAGUUUGUAUUUUACUGUUACUCAUCUUAAUUGUAAGAGUCAAUUGCUUAGACAAAAUUCAUAAGACAUUGGUGUAAAUAUGAAAUCAUGUACAUGUUUCUAUAAUAUGUGAAUAAAUUUCUAUAAGGCAAAA